AUGAGCACCGCUCCACAACCAAUAGAUACACAACAAAUCUGGCUGCGUAGCCCUGAGGGGUUUACGUAUCUAGUCGACUCCAACCACAGCAACCCCCCGCCGACGGGAGGGGGACAUAGGUUGCGCGAUGCUGCUCGUCGCUUCGUGAGCGCUAUGCCCGGCCGUAGAACGCGCCCUCGUUCGGACGACAGUACACCUUCCUCACCCGAACCCUCAACUCCUUUAUUGCACGACCCCAAUCAACCUUUUGUGCUGCCGCCAAACUAUCCCAUUCAUUCCAAUCUCUUUGCCGGCCUCGUGGCUCCUAUGCCACCCAGCUUGGAUCCUCAAGCCCCGCCACCUUGGGCCCACCAGGCACCGCCCCAGAUGCAGAUGCCGACUCCAUCGGUCCGUGUAGGCGACGACGUCGCCUUCGGACAGAUACUGCCGCAACAAGGUGCGGUGCAGUCACGUCCCAAACGACGUACCGCACGACGAACCCAUGAGCAUAUAAGGCUGCCCGGCCGAGACCGACAAGACCUGAUCGAUCCCCGUUUUGCUCGCGACGCAGGGCGGGCGGACAUAUCUCAAUCUAUCGAUGCCGAACAACACGCGGGCAAUGGAGAGAACGCGGCACUCGAGCCUCUAUUGAUCAACGAUACCAGCGGCCGUGAACGUGGUGCAGAUAGCGCCAGUGCCAUACCCGGCAACUCCAGUUCGAUGGGAGGCUCUCGUCCAUCUGUACCCGAGCGAGCCAGCACUGUCUAUUCUUUCCCCACGAUUUCUACAGGGCUCGUGCCCAAGCGCCAGAGCGUCGAUUCGCGCCGGACCUUAUCUUUCCCACCGAUGUCAAGUCGCUUUUCCACGAACACGUCCGUACUGGAGUUGUUGGAUGGCGAACGCUCGCGUUCUCAUUCGCUAGAAGACACGGUCUCUGUGCCUGCGACCGAAGAUCUCCAGCGUCCAGGCGGAUCUAAUAAGAGACGCAGCCGCGAAGAACGUAGUCAACUUCGAGUAUCGUUCUCGUCCGAACUGUCAGAGUUGGCGCCGUCUACGGUGCACACUGCCAGCACCGAUGACACUUCCCCUUCAACCCUGGGGCGUCCCCUCCCGUCGGUCAUAGGCCUGCCCGUGUCCGAAGAAGAAAGGGCGAUGAUCUUUCAGAACCGACUUCGGCGCGAGCUGAAUGUUUUACUCGGCAUCCCGGACGAUAUCGCGCACUUCGAUCCUCAGGGAGCGAACGACCGAGUGUUAGACGCUGUUCGCAAGAUGAAAUUCGAGAAGAGGGAGGCCGAGGAGGCAGUGUGGAGGUUAGAGAGAAAGAUAGAAGGGAUACAGGCGCUCGUUAGAUGA